AUGGCCCCACGUAAAUUCUUGGACAACAUGACUGCCCAAAAUGGCAUCGUCCCGGUGGUGGUGGUGGACACGGCGGAGAAGAAGACGCAAUCCCCCACCCUGCUCGAUGCUGACGAGUUUCGGCGUCAGAGUCACCAGGUAUUGGACUUGAUCGCCGAGUACUAUGACCGCAUGGGCGACUACCCAGUGCACCCUCCCGUUACCCCCGGCUUCCUACGCAACUUGCUCCCACCGGACGCACCCUUCCGUCCGGAGCCGGACGCAUUCAGCUCCGCGCUCAAGGACGUUCGCGACAUCAUCCUCCCGGGCCUGACGCACUGGCAGAGCGCCCGCCACAUGGCGCACUUCCCGGCGUCCAGCAGCACCAUCGGCGCCCUAGGAGAGGCGCUCACAGCGGGCAUCAACGUCGUCCCGUUCACGUGGGCCGCCUCGCCCUCCGCCACCGAGCUUGAGAUGCUGGUCGUGUACUGGCUCGGCAAGGCGCUGCACCUGCCGAAGAGUCUCCUCUUCGCCGGAGGCGGCGGUGGAACUCUUCUUGGUACCUCGUGCGAGGCGAUACUCUGCACACUCGUGGCCGCGAGGGACCGGAAACUCGCCGAGAUCGGCGGGAACAGGAUCUCCGACCUAGUGGUCUACUGCUCCGACCAGACACACUUCGCCUUCCGCAAGGCCGCACGCAUUGCCGGCAUCCUGCGUGACCACUGCCGCGCCAUACCCACGUGCCACGACAACAUGUUCGCUCUCUCGCCCACGAAACUACAAGCGGCCAUGCAGGCUGACGUGGAAGCCGGGCUGGUGCCACUUUUCUUGUGCGCGACGCUGGGCACGACCCAGACGACCGCCGUCGACCCCAUCGGCGAGCUCUGCGCUGUCACGACACCACACGGCGUGUGGGUGCACGUGGACGCCGCCUACGCCAGCUCCGCGCUGGUCUGCCCGGAGUUCACCCACGUGAUCGAUGGCGUGGAGGCCGUCGACUCGUUUAGCAUGAACGCCCACAAGUGGCUACUCGCCAACAAUGACUGCUGCGCCAUGUGGGUGAAGAAGCCGAGCGCGCUGGUGGCGGCGCUCGGGCCGGAGCAGGAUUUGAUCCUCAAGGACGCGGCAUCGGAGGGGCACAACGUGGUCGACUACAUGGAUUGGACCAUGACGCUGACCCGCCGGUUCCGCGCGCUCAAGAUGUGGCUCGUGCUCCGCUGCUACGCAUCAAAGGCCUGCGUGACCACAUCCGCAAUCACGUCCGCAUGGCCGAGGCGUUCGAGAAGAUGGUCAAGGCCGACGAAAGGUUCGAGGUGGUGA